AUGGAUGUCCUAAAUUCAUUUCUGUGUACAGAUAAUUCAUACUGCUGUCUUUCGCCUCGUGGUACUUCGAUCCUUAUAUCUGUUGUAAGCCUUACUGGUUGUCUAAUCGACGUGUUGUCUAGUGACGUUAGUCUAGACUAUUGCUGUGACGGCUGGCAACACGUUCAGUCUCUGCGGAAUGUGCUGCAAACGUUAUUCCAGAUGGCCAAUAUGCUGCUACUUCUGGGCUCAAUAGUUGAGAGUGCGUUACUUCUCAAAAUAUAUUUGUGGUACAUGUUAAGUUUCGUGAUCGUCGGGCUAGUAGUCGCCAUCUUGGAUCUUUGUUUUCGACUUAAAAGUGAAGGCGUCUGGAGUUUUAUAACUUUCGUAACAGAGGUCACAUUUCUUUUCGUUAUAUUUCAGUGUCUCCCUCUGGUGGACAGCUACAAGAAAGGAUUGGAGGGAGUUUAG